AUGACAGCAACCACUCACCCUGAAUUCAACGCGGAAACCGAAGCUUUGGACGUGGCAAAGGCAUUCCCUGACGCGAUCCGAGGCAAGACCAUCCUUGUCACCGGGGUCAACCUCAAGGGCAUUGGCUUCACCACUGCACAGGCUUUUGCUUCCCAAGCGCCGGCGCACUGCAUUCUCGCCGGCCGCAACAGGACCAAGCUUCAGGAGUGCAUCGAGGAGCUCAAGAAAGAGUAUCCAAAUGUCGACUACCGGGCACUGAUCCUCGACCUCGGCAGCCAGAGGGCCGUCCGGGGUGCUGCGCAGGAGGUUCUCUCCUGGGAUGAUGUCCCCAGCAUCGAUAUCUUGGUCAACAAUGCUGGGGUGGCCACGAUUCCGGAGCGCACCCUCAGCGAAGAAGGAAUCGAGAUGACCUUCGCCACCAACCACAUCGGGCACUUUCUCUUCACAUGCCUCGUCAUGCCCAAACUCAUUGAAGCUGCAAGGGCCAACCCAAAAGGCGCAACGCGGAUCGUCAACGUCAGCUCCCGCGCGGCCGAGGCAAACGGGAUCCGUUGGAGCGAUCUCAACUUUGAGAAGAAGUCGAGGGAGUUGCCUGAGGAUGAGCAGCCGAAUUACCAAUUGCUCAAGCUGUGGAGCAUCUCUAACGCGCCAGAUCUGUCGUACAUUCCUUUAGAGGCCUACGUUCAGAGCAAGGCUGCGAAUGUCUUGUUUGGUAUCGGACUCACAAAGAGGCUGUAUGAGAAGUACGGCAUUUUGAGUCUGGCGAUUCAUCCCGGUGUGAUUGACACGGAACUGGCGAGGCAUUCGACCAAGGAGCAGAUGGCCGCCAUCAAGGACAGAGAGCGGCGCGGGGAGUUCACGUACAAGACCCUGUCCCAAGGGGCGUCGACGACCGUGGUUGCAGCAAUAGAUCCCAAGCUUGGGGCCAGCGUGACGCAUGAUGGCAAGGAGGGCUACGGAGCUUACCUCAUGGACUGUCAGAUUUCGCAGAAUGCGCAUCCUCGUGCGAAGUCGAGUGAUGAGGCCGAGAAGUUGUGGAGGCUGUCGGAAGACCUUGUCGGAGAGGAGUUUUCUUGGUGA